AAUGAUCAAAACGAGGGGUUGUGUAACAUUAGCUUGGUCGUAGUUGGUGUUCGAAAGGCUUAAGAUGCUAGCUUAACUGGUAUCAAUUUAGCAUUCAUUCGCCACUGCCUGGCGUUUACAUUAAAUGGACAAAUGGGAGUUUUUUUUACCGACUAAAUACAACAAAUAACUGUGAGAGAGACUGAUAAUUUUUGUAAACUUUUGGUAUUAUAACGCCAGAGGUUUAUCAUGCGAAUAGAAUCGCCUCAAUGUGUUUAGUCAUGCUACCUGAGCUUCCAUGUUCGCUUCCAUCGAUCAGUGAUCAGAUUGACACUCGACGGGAAAAGGCUAUCAGGAUGUUUUCUGGUAGACAACCCGCUUAUGGUUCUCAAGGAGCCUGCAUGGCACAAACACCAAAGCAUCAUCCUCAGCAACAAACAAAAAACAAAUUUUCUUCAGGUCCAUCUGUGGAACCACAAAUGCUGAUUGACAGGUACAAGCGUGGCGAGACGCACGCCGUGUCCUUGCUGCAUCAGUUGGCCCAGUCUCUGCAGUUCCACCUGGAGAUCAAGGAGACGGUGACCGCAGGUAACACAACAAGGCUGAUCUUUGCCUUUUGCGUACUGAUCGAUGGCGUCCAGUACAAGACUGGCAUGGGACCCACAAAGAAGGAGGCCCGGCUCAAAGCCGCAGAGUUGGCCCUUCAUGACCUGCUGCCCACUUUGGAUAAAGAGAAGUCCGACCUCCCCAACACGUCAGCGUUCCCACCGCUGCUACCAGCCAAAGAGGAGUCGUUCAUGUCAGAGAUCCAGUCCAGUAGAUUGAUUCGUGAGAGGAAAAGUCCUGCUAACCUGCAGAUACCAAAUGCUGUCAGGGAUCAGCUCACCAAGUUGAUGAACAGCCACCCUCAGUUCUCUGCCUGCGCAGCCACCAUUGCAGCGUUUGUCAUUCAGACUUCCAGUGGAUGUGAGGUGGUGGCUCUCGGCAGUGGCAACUAUAACGCCAAAGAGAGCACGUCAACAAAUGGACGUGUUGUGCACGACUCGCAUGCGGUGGUGACUGCCAGGAGGUCACUUAUGAGAUUUUUCUACCAGCAACUACUGAUGUUCUACAGCAAAACACCCCAUCUGACUGAGAAGUCAAUCUUUCAGCACAACAACAACAACAACAACAGUGGGCUCCUCAGCCUGAAGAGCGGCAUCACCCUGCACCUCUAUGUCAACCACCUGCCAAAGGGUGCCACCAAGAAACCUUUCAGCAUGUCCCUGAACCCACUUUCCAUCACAGCAUGGCAGAUGAACAAUGAGCUAGGCCUGCACUUGUUGGUAGAGGGCAAGGUGUUCCCAGUUUUCACAUUCGAGCACUGCAGCUCCAAGAUGGUCAGCAUGUCGGCGGCGGACAAGAUCACCCAGUGGCAAGUGCUGGGCUACCAGGGAGCCUUGCUGAGCCACUUCAUCGAGCCCGUCUAUGUCCAGAGCAUUCUUAUUGGCGACUCCGGUUGCGGUGACACUCGCGGCAUGGAGUUGGCUGUGAUCCGCCGCACGGAGACCAUCACCUUCCAGCUACCCAUGUUCUACUGCAUGAUGAGGCCUCAAAUCUUUACGGUGCCUCCCGUGGCCAGCAGCAGCGGCGACGACGACCUCCAGGUGGCCUACAGUCUCAACUGGAGCGAAGGCGACAUCUCCAUCGAAGUGGUGGACGGUCUGAGUGGCAGGACCCUAGACGAGUCUCCCUUCAAGAGUGGCUCAGCUCUGGCAAGCCGGCUGUGCAAAGCAGCGAUGCUUCACCGUUUCAAGUUGGUGGCCAAAGAGGCCGAGAGGCAGGAGCUGCUGGCCACAAGUUCCUACAGAGAAGCCAAGAGGAUGUCCAAGCCGUACCAGGAGGCCAAGAAUAUGCUGAGGGCGUUCCUGUUGCAGCAAGGCUACGGUUCUUGGCCAGACAAGAUUAUGGUCAGUGACACCUUCAACAUGUAAAUUUACACAUACGCUGUAUUGUGUGGAAUUUCUUUUGGUAAAAUCUUAGGAGAAUAGAAGUUUUUUUCUAAAGGGAUUUGUAUUCAUCCCUGUUGAUGUUUUCAAAACUGAAUAUCGUGAAGAAAGGAAUACAAAUAUGAUCGUUUGUACAAGUUUUCAUAACAUUGCAGCAUUUUUCAGGUACAAAGCACUUUUGAUUGGCUUACUGUGUACAAUGUUUGUUAGCACAGAACAUGCUAUUGUUACUGUUUAAAUCAGUACUUCAAGUGCGUGUUGGAAACGACCUUAUGUUUAUUAUGUUUUGUUUUGGGGUUUUUUGUGCUGUUUUUACAAUCUCCAGUAAAAUUCUCCAAACUGAAGCAUCUGAGUUGGAUUUUAGGUUACAUGAAUAGUUGAUGACAUACAUUGACAAGUUGACAAUCCAACAACUGUUGUAUCAAAACAAAGGUCUGACAAAGGCUUAAAAACAAGUCAAGUUAUGAACUGAUCUUCUGCUUGAACCUAAGUGGAUGCAAACAUUGCACAAGCAUGCAGGAAACACUUAGGUUUCCUGUGUAUGUAGUAUGAUAGCACAAGAACAAUAUUGACUUUGAUCAGUCUUGUCAGCGGACUGGACACUUUUCCUUCCAUGCUGCGUUGGCUACAACAAGGAAAUAUCGUGGACUUUGUGGUCCCGAGGAUCAAGACAUUGUUUUGUAUGUACCCCUCCAAAUUUACUUUUUUAUUAUAAACCAAGCUCUGACAGGUGCUCUGUGCCUUAAUUUUGUACGGGAA